AUGGCUUCCAAUUUGGACAAAUUCUUCGAUGCAGUCGACGACCUUUCUUCAUCCUUUAAAGACAGGCUGGGAAGGGCCAUCCACAUCCAAUCGGUUUCAUCAGAGGCCGAUAAGAGGGAUGAGCUGACAAAAAUGGCGAAUUUUCUAGCGGACGAGCUCAACACCCUUGGGGCACAGGCAGAACCAAAGCUCCUGCCCAGCAAUCUGCCACCCGUUGUCAUUGGCCAUUAUCCGAAGUCUCCAGACCAAACGAAGCCAACUAUUUUAAUUUACGGUCACUACGAUGUUCAGCCUGUUACAGUACAGCCCUGGCACUACGCGCCGUUUGAGCUUACCCAAGCCGGGGCUGUCGGUGAUGAGCGAUACUAUGGACGAGGUACGACCGACGACAAGGGUCCCGUCGUGGCCUGGGCCAAUGUUAUUCAGGCACACCAGAAGGCCGGGGUCGAUAUUCCAGUCAACCUACGCUUUUGCUUUGAAGGAAUGGAGGAGUCCGGUUCUACUGGACUCGCGGAUUAUCUUGCAAGUGAGGAGGGAAGGAAGAUUUUCGAAGAUGUCGAUGCUGGCUGUAUUUCAGACAACUAUUGGCUUGGUACUAAGAAGCCCUGCUUGACCUAUGGACUACGAGGGAUCAACUAUUUCAAAAUCACGAUCUCUGGUCCCCCAACUCAGUUACACAGUGGAUUGUUUGGGGGCACUGUCUAUGAGCCAUUGACUGAUUUGGUCACUCUCCUCUCGAAGCUGGUUGACUCUCAGGGGAAUAUACUAGUCACUGGAAUCCAGGAAGAUAUCGAGCCUCUAACGGAAGAGGAGGAAGAGACUUACGAUAAUAUCGACUUCACUAUGCAAGACUUCAACAAUUCAAUCGGCCCCAACACCGAUUGCGGAAUCUUCAAUAACCCUAAGCGAACACUCAUGGCGCGAUGGAGGUACCCAUCUCUGUCUAUCCACGGGUUCGACGGUUCAGCAAAUGAUCCCGAGACUGUGACCUCCAUACCUCCGUGGGUGACUGGAAAGUUUUCCAUUCGCACCGUCCCAAGUAUGACUACAGAGCAAGUCACACAGCUGAACGGCUUGGACAUCAAGAUGACUGAUAGUGGCGAAUGGUGGCGUACCGAUCCACAGGCUAGGAAUUUCAAAGCCGCUGAAUUAGCCACACAAAAGGUUUGGGACAAUGUGACCCCAGACCUGACACGCGAAGGUGGAAGUAUUCCUGUCGCAUUGGAUAUCCAGAAAGGGCUAGGUAGCGACGAAAGCUUGAUGUUGCUUCCAAUAGGCACCUCGAGCGAUGGUGCACAUGGUCCUGACGAGAACAUGAGAGUUCAAAACUAUCAGAAUGGUGUUAAAGUGCUGGGAGCCUACCUCCAUUAUUUUGCAGAGAAAGGUAUCGAGGAAUAG